GUGUGGUUCGCGAUCGUUUCCGAUGUGUUUGAUAAGGACGUGUGAAACUUAACCACUCCCCGGUGGUAACGGUUCAUUACAUUCAACGGCACCCGUCGCUUUCAUCGAACUGGGAAACAUCGAACCAUUGCGAAUGGAAGUGUUACCUAAGUGGCGCAUGUAGUUUUCGGAAAAGUUUGUGUGCUUGUGAUUUGUGUGUGACAAAAGAAAGGAAUCCUAAACGCUGUUGUCGGUUGGGGAGGACCUUGACGAGAAGACUUUAUGACAGUGGCAGUGAAGGAUUACCUCUGUAGUUGAACGAACGUGUGUGUUUGGGUUUACCUUCAGUCUGGCGACCUAUAAUCCCUCCAGUAGGAUUAUAUGCGGUGAAACGUACAAAAUUAGAUUCGCUCGGUGUGCAAGAAUCUUGACCCACGGUUCUAUCAAAUGCUGGGCACAAACAUUUGCUUCCCGAAAGGGCGUGUGUGGUUUUAUUUUUAAAAUAAAUUCAAUUACAUCUCAAUUUUCUUAGUAUCUAAUGACUAAGAAGAGCUUUAUCUUGGACUAAGUUAAGUUGAGACUUAUGCUGACGAGACAAAUGUAUUUUUUUUACAAAAAAUGUGUGAAAUUUGUGAAAGUGCAAUAAUUAAGUAAAAAACACAAUAAAAAAUGUUUUGUGUGAACUUGAAGUAAACUUUUUAAACUUCUGUGUGAGAGUGCAUAGAAUUUUAAUGUAUUUAUUUAUUAUUACGGUUGAACGAGUUUUCUUGCCUAAAAUAAGAAGAAAUUUAAGAAUAUCGAUAGGAAAAGUGCUCCUUUGCUUGUUGCCAACUGCUUGGCCGAAUGAAGACAAAUGAUCGAUGACUCAGAACGAGUCGUAUUGGUCGGUUGCGUCCGCUAAUUAAUCAAACCCAGCUAUCUUCUGAUUGAGUGUAAUUAAUAUAAUAGUACAAGAGUUAACUUCCACAAUGGUAUGAUGGUAUCAUUGUGUGCGGGUAUGUGACCCAAACGUUCAGUGAUUCUUUGUUUCACUUCAAGUACAUGCUUUCCUUUGCUUUGUCCUCAAUAAAUGUCCAAGAUUACAGCACUUAACGGUUUAACGACGUUCGAACCCUUCUACGUUGACUCAAUGUCCUUAAAAUACUUUCACCGAUCAACAAAACAUUCCAACGCGUUCUAGUGCUUCGGUGCGUGCCCGGUGGGUGUGUGUGUGAGUGUCCCCUUGUUAAAGUGCGCAUCGAAGGUACAGCAGUAGCAGAUUUCCGAACGAGCAAUUGAGCCCAAUCACAAUACCCAAACCCAUCAAGUGCACCCAAUCCCAUGUUAUCCGUUGCUAUGUAUACACGAAAAUCCCUUCGACACAUGUGGCGCAACUGUUCGCAACGAAGCGGAUUCACGAUCGCAACACCGUUAAAGAUCCCCGUCAACUGGAGCCGGGUGCUGCGCCUUCAAGGAUCGGCACGCAUUAAUACGGAGGAAGUACUGCAGGCAGCAGAAGCCGGUAAUCUCGAGGAAUUUAUACGGCUCUAUGAAGGAGACAAUAAUCGGCUGUCGGUGAAGGAUAGCAAGGGCCGGACGGCUGCCCACCAAGCGGCGGCACGGAACCGUGUGAACAUUCUUACCUUCAUUCACGGCCAGGGAGGCAACUUGAAUGCACAGGACAUGGUAGGCAACACACCACUCCAUACGGCGGUCGAGAAUGAUUCGCUCGAUGCGUUGGAAUUCCUGCUGAAAAUUCCAGUGGCAACGAACAUUCUCAAUGAGAAGAAACUGGCUCCAGUGCAUUUGGCAACGGAACAGAACAAAGUAAAUGCUCUGCAGGUUAUGGGCAAGUACCGUGAAGUGAUUGACAUACAGCAGGGUGGAGAACAUGGCCGGACAGCCCUCCACUUGGCUGCCAUCUACGACAACGAAGAGUGUGCCAGAAUAUUGAUUUCGGAUUUUGGAGCCUGUCCAAGGAAACCCUGCAACAACGGUUACUACCCAAUACACGAGGCGGCCAAAAACGCCAGCUCCAAAACGAUGGAAGUCUUCUUCCAGUGGGGCGAAUCGAAGGGAUGCACGCGGGAGGAGAUGAUUUCCUUCUACGACUCGGAGGGCAACGUGCCACUGCACUCGGCCGUACACGGUGGUGACAUCAAGGCGGUGGAGCUGUGCCUUAAAUCUGGGGCAAAGAUAUCCACCCAGCAGCAUGACCUCUCGACGCCGGUCCAUCUGGCGGCCGCACAGGGGGCGAUCGAGAUAGUGAAGCUCAUGUUUCGCAUGCAGCCGCUCGAGAAGCGCAUCAGCCUGAACUGCACCGACAUCCAGAAAAUGACACCGCUACACUGUGCCGCCAUGUUUGACCAUCCGGAGAUUGUCGAGUACCUGGUGAAGGAGGGCGCCGACAUUAAUGCGAUGGACAAGGAAAAGCGGUCGCCACUGUUGCUGUCCUCGUCGCGCGGUGGCUGGCGCACGGUAAUGACCUUGAUCAGGCUCGGCGCCAACAUUAGCCUGAAGGACGCCAAUUCGCGUAACGUGCUGCACCUGGUCAUCAUGAACGGCGGGUGUUUGGACGAGUUCGCGAAGGAGGUGUGCCACACGCAGUCCGAGAUCUACCUGUUGCAGCUGCUGAACGAGAAGGACGACGCCGGUUGCUCGCCACUGCACUACGCCAGCCGGGAAGGUCACAUACGCUCGCUCGAGAACCUGAUCCGGCUUGGGGCGUGCAUUAAUCUCAAGAAUAAUAAUAACGAAAGCCCGCUGCACUUUGCGGCACGAUACGGACGGUACAACACCGUCCGCCAGCUGCUCGACUCCGAGAAGGGCACGUUCAUCAUCAACGAGAGCGAUGGCGAAGGGCUCACUCCGCUGCACAUUGCCUCGCAGCAGGGACAUACGCGCGUGGUGCAAAUGCUGCUGAACCGGGGUGCGUUACUGCACCGCGAUCACAACGGACGCAAUCCGCUGCAUCUGGCCGCGAUGUCCGGGUACACGCAAACGAUCGAGCUGCUCCAUUCCGUUCACUCGCAUCUGCUGGACCAGGUCGACAAAGAUGGGAACACAGCGCUCCAUUUGGCGACGAUGGAGAAUAAGCCCAAUGCGGUGGUGCUGCUGCUCAGCCUCGGCUGUAAGCUGCUGCACAACUACAUGGACAUGAGCGCCAUCGACUACGCGAUCUACUACAAGUAUCCCGAGGCGGCGCUGGCCAUGGCAACGCACGAGGAGCGUUCCGGCGAGGUGAUGGCACUGAAAUCGGACAAACAUCCGUGCGUAACGCUGGCCCUGAUCGCCUCGAUGCCGCGUGUCUUCGAAGCCGUACAGGACAAUUGCAUCACCAAGGCUAACUGCAAGAAGGACUCGAAAAGCUUCUACAUAAAGUAUUCAUUUAACGCGUACCAAAAGUCGCAAGAGGCGAUUGCAGAAAUCCGGAAAACUUUGAACGAUCCCAAAUGGCGUCCACCACCGUUGCAUGUCGUGAAUGCCAUGGUGGCGCACGGGCGGGUGGAGCUGCUGGCACAUCCACUCAGCCAGAAGUACUUGCAAAUGAAGUGGAACUCGUACGGCAAAUACUUCCACCUGGCCAACCUGCUGUUUUACAGCGUGUUUCUGUUCUUCGUGACACUCUUCACGUCCCAGCUGAUGCGCAAUGCGACCCCCGUCGGACAUCCGGCAGGAAAUCACACACAGGACGGUGGAACGCCGGACGGUGGUGGAUCCUACGGUGGACAGCACAUACUGGCCCUGCGUUCCACGUUGGCCCGGGCCAAGGGAUACAGCUAUGGGACGGUGGCGAACGUGACUACCUCCGUUGCUCCACCACCGAUCGAGGAGCAGAUGGAAGUCAGCACCACGACGCUAGUGUCCGGCAUCGGCAUCAUCAUCUACAUAGUGGUGAAUGCUUUGCGCGAGCUGCUACAGGUGUAUCAGCAAAAGUGGCAUUAUCUGCUCGAGCCGAACAACUUCAUCUCGUGGAUACUCUACACGUCUGCGCUCAUCAUGAUCUGGCCCAUGUUUUCCAGCGGCAUGUGCUUCAGCAUCAACUAUUCGGCGGCUUCGAUAACCGUGUUUCUGUCGUGGUUCAAUCUGCUGCUGUUCCUGCAACGGUUCGAUCAGAUUGGUAUAUACGUGGUCAUGUUCUUGGAAAUCUUGCAAACCCUCAUUAAGGUGUUGAUCGUAUUUAGCAUUCUGAUAAUUGCAUUCGGACUAGCCUUCUACAUUCUGCUCUCAAAGGUCUCCGAGCCGCAGGUAAACCAUUUGUCAUUCUCGUCGAUCCCCAUGUCGCUGCUGCGCACCUUCUCGAUGAUGCUGGGAGAGAUGGAUUUCGUCGGCACCUACGUCCAACCGUACCACGUGGGAGACCUUCCAUUUCCGUUCCCUUCGUUCGUCAUACUUUGUCUGUUCAUGAUCCUCAUGCCCAUUCUGCUGAUGAAUCUGCUGAUCGGUUUGGCCGUCGGUGACAUCGAAUCCGUGCGCCGAAACGCGCAGCUCAAGCGACUGGCCAUGCAGGUGGUGCUGCACACGGAGCUGGAGCGCAAGCUGCCCCAGAUGUGGCUCGAGAUGGUGGACAAAAUGGAGCUGAUCGAGUAUCCGAACGAAAAGAAGUGCAAGCUCGGCUUCCUCGACUCCGUCCUGCGUAAGUGGUUCUGCAAUCCUUUUACCGAUGAUUACAAAGGCGGUAUUGACUACGUGCUGGAAAACACGGAAGACUACGUGGCGGUCGAGUUGGAAAAACAGAAGCGAAAGCUGCGGGACAUUGGAACGGCACUGGACACCCAGCACCAACUGCUUCGACUGAUCGUGCAGAAAAUGGAAAUCAAAACAGAGGCGGACGAUGUGGACGAAGGCGUCCCCACGAGUGAUCUCAAAGCUUCGAGCGGGAUGUUGGCAGGCAACCGAUCGUCGCGCUGGUCGUCCCCGCGGAUACGCAAGAAGCUCGGUGCCACCCUAAGCUUCAACAAGUCUAUCGGAAAAUGAAUGGCACUGUAGCGGAGCCACUUCCCGGGCUUGAUGGACGGUUUCAAUAAUUAUGCUCUAUGAAACUUAUAGCAAACAGAGCUUGUACGUGUACGUGUAUGUCUGUGUGUGUCUGUUUGUGUGUAUGUUUUUUGCGUGUGUGUGUGUGUGUGUGUGUGUCUGUGCGUUUGUAAGUUAGUGCGUUUAGCUGUUCAGCAUUGCUACCCAACCACAUUUGGCAUGCUUAAGAAUACUUGAAAAGGAACAGAGUAUAUUUGAUACAUUGGUGCAGCAGGUCAGAGCGCGCUGUCCUUUUGCAUACGAUCAAUGGACAGGAACCAUUUGUAACUUUUUACUACGGAACGUUUGCACGCGGCACCUUGAUGUUGUCUCUCUAGCCGAUACGAUAAAUGUGAUCAAGUUUAAUAAAAAGCAUCACUAUGGUGCGACACACACCCA